GUCAAAAUUUCUCUCUCUCUCUCUCUCUCUCUCUCUCUCUCUCUCUCUCUCAGAGCUUUUGUUUUUCCUGCUGUUGAAUUUCAGUGAGUGAGUUGGCCAUGGGUAGAGCUCCGUGCUGUGACAAAGCUAGCGUGAAAAAAGGUCCAUGGUCCCCUGAAGAAGAUGCCACUCUAAAGAAGUUCCUCGAGAAACAUGGCACUGGUGGCAAUUGGAUUGCUUUGCCUCACAAAGCAGGCCUUAAACGCUGCGGCAAGAGCUGUCGGCUGAGAUGGCUAAAUUAUCUAAGGCCAGACAUCAAGCGUGGAGGUUUCACUGAGGAGGAAGACAUGAUUAUCUGCUCUCUCUUUGGUAGCAUUGGAAGUAGGUGGUCUGUUAUAGCUUCCCAACUGCCCGGUAGAACAGACAAUGAUAUUAAGAACUACUGGAACACCAAGCUGAAGAAAAAGCUAUUUAUGGCAGGAAAUAGUUGUCCCAUGACUGCCACCACUGACAAUAACAACGAGACUACUAAAAAUAUUAGUUAUCUCAACUUGGCAGAGAUUUCGGCUCCAAUUCCUAAAGUGGAAUCCUAUGAUUAUGGUAAUUCAGCUUGUUUUGAUUCAAGCUCCAGUACAUUGCCUAUGCAAGUUUAUGUGCAAAACUGUGAUUCGAAUGAUCAUCAAUUAUCUCCGAUUUCGAAGCCUAUCCAAGUUUCGGAUUUCAGCAUAACUUCAUCUCAGGAUGUUUCGGGUCUUUCAACUUCAUCUGCUUUGGGUCUGGAGAACAGUUACAGCAUGUGGUCCGGCAUUAAUGGAGGUUUCAAAGAGGAGGAAGCAGGAGUCUUUCCCCAUGAUGAUAACUUUCUUAAUGGUUUUGAAUUUCAGGAAGAUACUAGAGAUCUUGCCCCAGUAUUCUUAGGAAACUCCCCACUAGGUUACUUUGCCGGGUAAUAGUUCUGAACAUUAACCUAUCAAAAUGUUACAAACUGACCAUGGAUUGAAGAAUAAGAUAGAAAAAAGUAGUUUUUUAGAUGGAUUUUUAGGGUGUUGUUUUGUUGAAAUAUUCAAUGUAAUUGAAAUUUUAAACUAAUGAACAUGGGAUCGAUCGUGAUAGCUAGUAUAUAUAAUAUUAAAGAA